AUACCUUGUCUGCCCACAAAUUCCUUUCCCAAACAGCUAUUCCAAAAAUCACUUUUUUCAUUGAUGUUAAGAAUGAAUAGAAACAGAUACGUUUCAAUAGUGAUUUUCGAAAUGCCGAAACUAACUUUUCAAACAACGUUUUUUAGCAAUUUGUAAAAACAUAUAUCUCCCAAGACCUUUUCAAAGCCGUUGCUUUCACGCGCUCUCUCCUUUUCUCAUCUUUUAUAGAUUAGAGAAAAGGGGUUGAAGAACAGAGAGAUAGCGAGAGGAAAUGACUUUUGAACUAAUUGAAGACUCUUGUUUUCCACCCUUUUUGUUUGGUGUACAUGUGGGUCUUGCUCUUCUUGAUGCCAUUAUUGCAGUUCUUGCCUUUUAUCAGUUAGCGAGGAUUCAAUCAAGAGAUUCACGUGGUUGGACUCGUCAAAAAGUGUUUCAUCUAUUGAUUGGUUCUUCUAACUUGGGUUAUUUCGCUUAUUUUAUCUUGGCUCUUUUUGCCGCUUGCAAUGGGUGGCUAUGUUGGUCAGGUUCUUGUGGUUUCGUUUUUAUGGCCUUCCCCAAAAUUCUAGUUCUCGCUUUGUUUCUUCUUCUUUUGUCAUUCUGGGUUGACCUUUGCCAUCAGCCAGAGGAUGAAGAUGACGAGGAUGAAGAGAGGAGUUUCGAGGAAGGCUUAUUGGAGAAGAUCUCUAGUAAACCAAGUACAUCAAAUACAGAUUGGAGCAGGAGAUGGUGGCUUCCCGUACGACUGCCACAUGUUGGAAGCCGUCAAAAUUUAGUAAUACUGGUGGUCACAAUUAUCUUUGUUUUAACAUUGGCAUUUGCUGUGAUACUGUGGUUUGAGAUGGGAAACAUAUCCAUUGAUUCCUUGGUAGCUGUUCAGGUAGUAUAUGUAGAUUUUUUUGCUGUAGUGACACUCUUAUUAGGAGGCGCGUUAGCUGUCUAUGGAUUGCUGUUGUUCUUGAAAAUGAGAAGGGUCAGAUCUGAGAGGGCAUCAUCUGAAAUAUCGAAGGUUGCAGGUUUGGCUGCUGUGUCGGUUGUAUGUUUCACUUCAAGUGCACUUGUAGCUAUUUUAACAAAUAUCCCGGUAUCGAUUCAAUGGCAACGGCAAUAUCACAUUUAUGGUGCAUAUACUUCUAUUUUGCAGAUUACAUAUUAUUUUAUAGGAUCAACAAUUCCUUCAGCAUUUGUUCUCUGGAUUAUGAGAGAAUUACCACCAUGGAUUGCAGCUAGUUCCCAAGAACAAACGAGAACAAUAACCUUUGUUUGUGACGAUUCUGCAACCGUACAUCGUCCUCAGGAAUGGACUUUGACAACAAAUUCUCCGGUACCAUCAAGGGGUAGUCCCAUAUAAAUGCUUUUAUGAUGCAAGUUUAGUCUGCCAAAUUUUAGAAGCGUGCCAGAAUUGUUGAUUGUAUUGCAGUAAUGAUCGAAACUGUUGCAAAAUGUGUUUGAUGAGCGGUAUCGAGAAAUCCGUAAGGUUGUGUUGGGUACCGUGCUGUUCUAUGAUUUUGUAAACAUGUGUAUAUACUUCUCUUGCAUAUUGCUUCAAUCAAAUGUUAAUAGAAUAAGUCGGUAUCUCGAACUAACCGCUGAUUGAUUGGUUUCGUUCUUCUUUCAAAGAAGUGUCAUUUGGUGCACUAAAUUAAGUUAUGAAGUAUGAAGUUAAGUAUGUUUGUUGAGUUAGAAAGACUGUGUUCGGAGGUGAAGAGUUGAGUUAUUAAGUCGGAAGUAUUUUCGAUUUGGUUUUUCUA